UUUUUCAGCCGGGGGCCAAAUAUGCUGCAUGAAGACAGCAAAGCACCACAAGCUGCAUUCUUUGCACCUCUUCAAAAAGUGAUGUUGCCACCAAAUACUUUUCAAGGGAAAGUGGCCUUUAUAACUGGUGGAGGUACUGGGAUUGGCAAAGGAAUGACAACAACUUUGUCCAGUUUAGGCGCCCAGUGUGUUAUAGCAAGUCGGAAGCUUGAUGUUUUGAAAGGAACAGCAGAAGAAAUUUCUUCUAAAACGGGGAACAAGGUUCAUGCCAUCCAGUGUGAUGUGAGAGAUCCAGUUUCAGUUAAGAAUGCUGUUGCCGAAGUAAUCCAGGUGGCAGGACAUCCUGAUGUUGUGAUAAACAACGCAGCUGGAAACUUUAUUUCCCCUUCUGAACGACUUUCUGCUAAUGCGUGGAAAACAAUAACUGAUAUUGUGCUUAAUGGUACUGCUUUUGUAACUCUGGAAAUCGGAAAGGAGCUCAUUAAAGUACAAAAAGGAGCAGCAUUCCUGUCUAUUACAACAAUUUAUGCAGAGAGUGGUUCAGGAUUUGUGUUGCCGAGCGCCUCUGCUAAAGCUGGUGUAGAAGCAAUGAGCAAGUCUCUUGCGGCUGAAUGGGGUAGAUAUGGCAUGAGAUUCAAUGUGAUUCAACCAGGUCCAAUAAAAACAAAG